AUGGAGAAAGGAAACACACCUGGCACAGGUCACUCAUUGGCCAACUCAAUCACCAACUCGGGUCCAAUUUCGAUCUUGGCCUACUGCUUAUCCUCUAUUUUGAUGACUGUUACCAACAAGUUUGUUGUAUCAGGCUUCAAUUUCAACUUAAACUUCCUUUUGUUGGCAGUACAAUCUGUUGUUUGUAUAUUGACUAUUGGUACUUUAAAGACAUUUGGUGUCAUCACUUAUAGACAAUUUAACAAGGACGAAGCCAAAAAAUGGUCACCAAUUGCAUUUUUAUUAGUGGGAAUGAUUUACACCUCAUCUAAAGCAUUACAAUAUUUAUCUAUUCCAGUUUACACCAUUUUCAAAAACUUGACCAUUAUUUUGAUUGCUUAUGGUGAAGUUAUUUGGUUUGGUGGUAAAGUCACCACCAUGGCUUUAAGUUCCUUCUUGUUGAUGGUUUUCUCGUCAGUUAUUGCUUAUUACGGUGACAAGGGUGAAGCCAAGACUGUUGAUGAUCAAUAUGCCUUGUAUUUGGGAUACUUUUGGAUGUUCACCAACUGUUUUGCCUCAGCUGCAUUUGUUUUGAUUAUGAGAAAGAGAAUCAAGUUGACCAAUUUCAAAGAUUUUGAUACCAUGUACUACAACAAUCUUUUAUCUAUUCCAAUCUUGUUGGUUUUCACCUUUUUGUUUGAAAACUGGUCACCAGAAAACUUGGAAAAGAACUUCCCUGCUGAUAACAGAACUGCCACUAUUGUUGCUAUGGUUUUAAGUGGUGCUUCAUCUGUCGGUAUUUCUUACUGUAGUGCUUGGUGUGUUAGAGUCACUUCAUCCACCACAUAUUCCAUGGUUGGUGCUUUGAACAAAUUACCAAUUGCAUUGAGUGGAUUGAUCUUUUUCAAUGCUGCUGUCAAUUUCUGGUCAGUUUCAUCCAUCUUUGUUGGAUUUGUCGCUGGUUUAGUUUAUGCUGUUGCUAAGCAAAAACAACAAAAGGAAGCACAAGCUUUGCCAACUACCAAGUAA